CACAUGAUUGCUGUUCAUGUAUUGCAGAAGAAUGGGAAUCAAGAAUGGAAAACCGGUUUUGAGAAAUGACGACAUCCUUGCUUUUUCUCAUACUAGUGGACUUAGUGAAGAGCAAAUCAAAGUGAAAUUCGAUGCUUUCACCGCAGAUCAUCCGAAAGGGAAGAUUGAUCGAAAAAGUUUCCGUAAAAUGUUAACGGAAGCUUUUCUUCAUUCUAAAAAUCCCAUGGAGGAUGUAGAAAAGAUGGAGAAGCACAUUUUCCGUAUCUAUGACACAAAUAACGACGGGCAUAUCGACUUUAUAGAGUUCAUGGUCGUCUUUCACGUUCUCUCAGAGGGUACCCCUGAAGAUGUUUUGAGGAAACUGUUCCGUCUUUUUGACGUUAAUUGUGACGGGAAUAUCAGUAAGAAGGAAAUGUUGAGACUAGUGAAGGAUCUGCAUGGUCUAAGUACUGUAUCCGAGAGUAGAGAAAGUAUUGCUGAUUCUGCUUUUGCUGAGAUGGAUAAUGAUGGAGACGGAGUUGUUACAUGUGAUGAGUUUGUGAAUGCAGUACUUCAGGAGAAAAAAGUAUCUAAAAUGCUCACCAUGAAUGUAAUUGAUAUAUUCGUCAGCUGAUCAAGAGAUUCAUAUAUACUAUUGUACAUGCCAGCUGAUUAUAUGUCAGCUUAUCACUAGAUCCAACACUACUGCACAUGUCAGCUGAUUAAAUCAGUAUGUACACUGCAUAGUCCACACAAUGAUCAAAUCAAGUGCACCGAACAAAAGCAUAAAAGUAAAACCAUGUAAAUGUUUUAUUUAGCUAAUCACAAUCCACAAAAUUGUUAAAAUUCUUUAUUUAUGUUAAUAAACCAUACUCUGUUUC